AUAAUGAGACCCUGAAUGCGGCAUCCACCUGCAGCUCGAGCUCACAGUAAAGGGCUCUAAGGAUUUUUAAUAAAAACUUUUUUUUCUGUUUCUGCUAUGAAACACACUCACGUCGUGUUUUUAAAUCGAGCAAAUGUUUUCCUCCAAGUCGUCGACAUAAACUAACGUUAUUUCAACCUGUUUGUAUCAGCGGGUUCCCAUGGAGACCGAGGAUUAACUAACCUAACCUGGCUAACGCUAGCAAAGCCUUUCCAGCUCUCUGGUCCACAGAUGGAGGAGCAGACGGAGACAGGAGGAGGAGCACACUCCCAGGGGAAGAGAGGAGGUAUCAGGUAUAUGACAGAGGCAUUGUUGUUAAAGCGGACUGGCUGUCAGUCUCUGGCAAUGGUUCGUUCCCUAAAUCUGUCAUCAAAUGGAGACAAACGCAUCAAGUUCAUAGAGAACCUACAUGGCUGUCAGCGUCUGCAGGUUUUAAACUUGAACCACAACUUGAUCCAAAGCAUGGAGAGACUGAAUGCUCUGACACAGCUGAGAGAGCUGCAGCUGGCUCACAACAACAUUGAGCGGAUUGAAGGACUGGAGCUUAUGUCCAGUCUGCAGCAUCUGAACUUGUCCCACAACAGGAUCAACCACAUUCCUGUGUGGCUGCCGAAGAAACUGCACUCACUACACACACUCCACCUGCAACACAACCUCAUCACAUCCCUGUACGAAGUAUCCAGACUGCGAUCUCUGAGCAGCCUAUCAGAGCUGUCGGUAUCAGGAAACCCCGCCUCCUCGCUGCCACACUCCCGCUUCUUUCUGCUCUACCACGUCAGGACUCUGGACAGGCUGGACGACCUGCCAGUCACCCAUGAUGAGAGAAGAGACGCCCACCAACGCUUUAGUGCCGAGGAGCUGGAGCGUCUGCAGCGGGAGGUGGACAGCAGCCAAUCAGAGCUGAGCAGGCUGCAGAGGGAGCAGCUGGCUGCAGUGACUCGAAUCCACCAGCAGGAGGAGACAAACCAAACACUGACUGCUCACACAGAAACACAACGACACACACACACACUGCGGGAGCAGGAGCUGCACACCAAGAGUCAGCUGUUGGAAAAGACGACAGCUGAGCUGACCAGAGCCUUACACAGACUGUAUGAGCUGGAGCAGGAGUUGACUUUCUACAAGAUAGAUGCCAAACUUAACCCUUUGCCCCCCUGCAGCGUACAGGAUGUAGUCAUUGUGGACUCUGUGGCUGAGAGUCCAUACAUCGGCAAGGCUCGACACAUCAGGAACACCAUCACCUCCACUCCCCGAAACUCCUCCUCAUCCCCCUCCCUGCAGACACAAGAGGGUUCAGACCUUCACACUGACAUGGGAACGUCACACCCCUUUCUGGAGGACUGCAAAACAGAGCAGAGUAAAUCUGAAGUUGACCUGCAGUUGACCCAUCAGACAGAGCUGCAGACAGUAGCUGAACACAGAGUGCCCGAGGAAACCAAAUCACGACAGCAGGAGGUGCUGUGUUGUCUCUUCAGUAAACUGUCUGUCCUGGAACAGCUGAGAGACGAAGCUGACGAGACAAAAAGACAGAUGGACAGACAGACAGAUGAGAGCAGGAAGACAGAGAGAGAGACAGAAGAGCUGGAGACACAACUACUGACACUGGACGCCACAGACCCUCAACAUGCCCAUGUGACCGCCCGGCUGUCCAAUUGGAGACAGCUUUUGGACAGGAUGAACGGGAAGCAGAGCGAGCUAGAGGGUCGCCUCGACGACAUGCUGUCACGCAUUGCCAUGGAGACUCAGGAGAUCAAAGAGCUGGAGCAACAGCUCACAGACGGUCAGAUUUUGGCUAAUGAAGCUCUUCAGAGGGAUUUGGAGGGAAUCAUCUCUGGACUUCAGGAGUAUCUGAGAGGACUCAGAAAGCAGGCUCAUCGUGCUCAGCAGCAGGUUGACAGUCUUCAGGCUGAAAACCAGAGUCUGCAGCUACACCUGGAGGACACUCAGGUACACUGCAGACAGCUGGAGGACACCGCCACGGCACACAGACAGGACAUGUCCGUCCAGCAGGAGAAGCUGUCUGUGUUGCAGACAGAGGCCCAGGCUUUGAGGGACAGACAGGUGGACCUGGAGGCGGAGCUCCAGCAGCUGAGGGAAGAGCUAACCCAACAGAUCACAAUGGGACAGGUCCAGAGACUUCAGGUCCAACGGGACCUGACCAAAGCCCAAUUACACCAGGCGAGAAGCCAGUAUGAAGACACCAGGACCCACCUAGACCAGACAAGAAUUCAGCUAGAUCAGAUUACAGCUGCCAUGUUGGCUCCUCAGGAGGUUCAGAGUGGACCAAAGGACAAGUACAGCAAUCCUGUCAGUCCUGAGGACAUGUUGUCCAGGAGUGUGGAGCAGCUCUACAGGGUCAUCCAGCAGAUCAGAACCAGCACAGAACAGCUCCAACAAGACCAGAACCACAGCCAGAAACAGAUAGCCAGACUGCAGGCCCAGCUAGCCCAGGAUCAGGCCCAUGUAACUCAGCUGAAAGCCCAGGUAACCCAGGAUCAAGACCACAUAGCUCAGCUGGAAGCUCAGGUGACACAGGAUCAAGACCACAUAACCCAGCUGGAAGCCCAGGUGGCGCAGGAUCAUGACCACAUAACCCAGCUGGAAGCUCAGGUGACCCAGGAUCAGGACCACAUAACCCAGCUGGAAGCCCAGGUGGCCCAGGAUCGGGACCACAUUACCCAGCUGGAAUCCCAGGUGGCCCAGGAUCAUGACCACAUAACCCAGCUAGAAUCCCAGGUGGCCCAGGAUCAGGACCAGGCAGCCCAGCUGGAAUCCCAGGUGAUAGGUGGUGUGGAGCAGGACCAGGAGCCAGACUGGAGGCUACAAGAGGAGCUGGAGAGACUGAGAGUCAGACUGCAUAGGUCUCAGAGCAGAAACAGACACGUUCAACACAAACUGGAGGGGGAACUGAAGCAGAGCGCUCUGCAGCUGCAGGACGUCCAGCAGGAGAGAGAUGCGCUGCUACAACAGCUGCGCUCACAGAGCGAUGGUCAUCAGAGAAGCCUUGGACGUCUGAAAAGAAAACUACGGCAGAUCAGCAGGUCCAUGUGUGACUCGGAUCAGCUGACAGUGGAACAGCUGAAGUCAGCCUCCGAACAGCUGAGAGCUCUGAACCACAUGGUGGAGAACUCUGUGGAGGAGCUCGACGGCAGCUUUCACCAACCUGAAGGAAGCUCAGAGAGACAGAGUAAACACACACCGGCGCAGCAGUCUGAACACACUCACACGGUGGAGGAGCUUAGGGCGAAGCUGGAUAAAGCUCAGAGACAUACACAUAGACUGAGACAGAAGCUGGACCGGACCAGAACCAGAACCAGUAACAGAGAUGGAGGACAGUGGUACUUCAUACCUCCUGGACACAGUGCUCUCAGUCUGGGCUCUCUGGGGACUCAGGACUCUGGUUUGGGGCUGCAGUACCUCAGUUCUCCUGAAAGGGGGCGACAGCAGGACAGACCUCCCACAGGAGGAGGGUACUGGGUCUACAUUCCCCUAACACACACCGAGUCUGACACAGCAGCAGCCGAGUGGAGGGACAGCGGAGGAGGCAGUGAUGCUGACAGAAGCUCCAGAGAACAAACUCCUCCUCCCCCUCCUGCCCCAGGUGCAGCUGUCUCUGCUGGGCUGUCUGACGGCCAGACUCCCCUGGUUGGGCCUGCCUGGCUCCUCUGUGGUUCACCUGCAGCUGUUGUCUACAGUCCUCCAGGAGGUGGUGCUGCGCUGCACUGUAACAUCCCAGAACACAGAGACACGCAGGGAGACCGGUGUGUUUGUGAGUGUGUGCACAAAGAAGCAGAGCGACUGGAGGAAGAGAGGAAGAAACUACGUUUGGAAACCAAACAACUACGACUAACACUAAGACAACACAGCAGUGUGAUGCAGGUGUGUGAUGAGGUGGAGUGUGUGGAGAAAACUCUGCUGAAGAGACGAGCUGAACUCCGGCAGGCUGACAGACUGCUGCUGGAGGCUCAAAGCUCCAUACACGCCGCCAGAGACAAGGCCAGCUCAGCUCAGCGGGAGGCCGACGUGUUACAGCGCUCAGCUGAGGAGAGUGCCAUCUGUCUGCUGGAGGCCACGCAGCAUGUCAGAGCGCUGCAGGAGGAUGAGGUGGAGGAGCUGAGGAGGAGACAGGAGAAGGAGCGGACGCUGAGGGAGGUGGAAGAGGCAUUGAGGAGCAGAGAGCAGGAGUUCCAACGACUCUGCACAAAAAUACACUCAGCUUCAGACAGAUUAUCUGACGUGCUGUCUGAUCUUCAGAAAUCUCAGGAGCGUCUAAACUCACUCAACAUUCAGGUGGAACAGCAGGAGCAGAGGCUGGUUCAGAGAAGUGAGGAGCAUCAAACAGCUGUGAACAGAGUGGAGGAGGUCAGAGAGGAGGAGCAACGACUACAGAACAGAGUCAAGGAGCUGUUGCAGCAGCAUGAGGCGCUGUUAAGUAAAAAGAGCUCCACAGUUUCUGCUAUGAGAGAGGACGAGCUGAAGCUGAUCACAGUGCAGUCUGAACUCAAUAAACACAGAGCAGAGCUAAAACAGGUUCUUCAGGAGUUACUUGUAGAGCAGCAGGCGCUGGAGGUAGUGAAAACCAAACGCACUCAGAGUCUCCAGCGACUCCACAAAAAGCAGGACCAGCUGGACAGAAUACAGGUCGAGGUGGACAGGGCGAAGGAUGAACUGGACAGAAUACAGGUCGAGGGGGACAAGAAAAGAGAUGAGUUGGAUGGGACACGGGAUGAAGUUGACAAGAGGAAGGACGAGCUGGAAAACAAGAAGGAGGAGGUGAACAGAAAGAUUGAAGAAUUGGACAGGAAAAGGGAAGAGAUGGCUGAGCUGCAACAGAAAGUUGAGGCCCACAAAAAGGAGACAGAGAUCUGUCUGAAAGAGACAAAACAACAGCAAACAGAACUGCAGGAGCUGCAAGAGGAGCUGAGCAGGACGAGGGAGGAGAGGCGCAGUCUGCAGGAGCAGUGUAAACAUCUGGAGGCCAGACGGAGGCACGCUGACAGGAGUCUGUCAGCAGUGGAGGUGGAGCUUACUAAACAGAGGGAGGAGCACAGCCAUGCCCAGCUUCUCAAACAGGAAGUGGUCAGAGAUACAGCAGCCAAUCAGGAGGAGUUUAAAAAGAAUUCAGAGCUGUUGUCUCUGCUCAGUGAACAGGUAGAGGAGAGGAAGAAACACCUGCAGACUCUGGAACAGGAGAUGAAUGUGUGCAGUCAGCAGCAGCAGCAGCAGAGAGCAGAACACCUGAAAGAGCUGGCCAGGCAGAUAGAAGACAAAAAGGCAGUUUGUGUUGGACUGGAGGAUUUUAAAGCUGCAGCGUCACAGUUGGAGGACAGGGGGCGCCGUCUGACCCAACAGCAGCUGCAGCUCAACCAGAUCAAGGAGGAGCUGUGGCAGAGAGAGAAACAGCUGAUCCACAAGGAGGAGGAGCUAAAACAGCAGGAGGAGGAGCUACAGCUGAAAGAGGAGAGGCUACAAAAGAAACGUGAGGAGCUUCCAGUGAAAGAGGUUUUUAAGGACAGCAGGGAGGAGGAGGAGGAGGAGGAGGAGGACGAGGAGGAGUCUUUCUACCUGUCUACAGCUGGUCUGAGAUCAGCCUUCAGUUCUGAGGAGGAGAGGUGGAAGGUUGAACUGCAGAGAGAGAAACUGAAACAACAAGAGGACCGACUAAAGGCUCGUCUGCGCUGCAGUUUGUGGAACCAGCAGGAGAAUAUGAAGGUGAGACGACUGAAGGCUGAGGAGAGUUUACUGGGACUGAAACACCAACUGGACCAGCUGGACUCACUGCUAACACACACUCCAUAACACACACACGCAUGUGAAAUUAACGGAUGCCAAACAGGGUUUGUUUUAUCAGGAUGGACAUGUCUGUCUGCACUGAGGUGAAACAUUAUGCAUUUAUUUGUCAAAACAGUUAAUUUAGUAAUUUAGCAGCUGUUCUGGAGUGUUCUAUUGUAUCAGGUGGAGUUGCCCAGUUUACUUCGAUGUUCAAAUGUUCCUUUUUUUCUGAGAACUUUAAGAAACAGACGUACGUUUAGUCGACUGAACAUUAACUCCUCUUCACUGAAGACUUUUCUCUGCUGAAACCAGUGGUAUAAAGUAGUUACGAUGGGCCCUAGUGCACACUAGUUACUAGUUAUGAAACACACAAAUAAACACACACACUCACAUUAGGCCACACCAUUAGACUUGCUGAGCACAUCGCUCAGUCAGUCUUGACAGAUUUUGCGCAUAAACUAGCUAUCAUAUACUGUAUUGUCUCAUCACAUGAUCAAAUAGAGACUUGCCAUUGGACAAUAUCAACAUACAUAUUACCCAGUAAUUAUCACUGCUUAUCUGUGUAUGACAAACAUACCAAAGAAAAGAAGAAUUGAUACAUUUCAGGGGUGCAAAAUUGUCACCUUUUAGUGAAAAUCGCAGUUUUGAAUCCAAAAACUGUCGUUUUUGUAGUUCUUGUUGAUCCAGUUAGUUUAUUUAUGUAUUUAAGUGCCCUGAACUGACGUUGCCCUUACAUUUGUAGUAGCAAUUACAUAAUAUAUAAUAAUACAUUUUUCCCGGAUGCCCUGAGAGCUCCGCAUCAAUUUAGCACAGGGCAGAUUGUGCGGGACAGGAAGUCAAGCACAGAAACAAAAUAAAACAUCCGGUUAAUUUUCAAAAUAAAAUACACUGUGCUCACGGCGGAUCAUAUUUCCCUGCACUACACCUUGAAAACGUCAUAAUGGGCGGAGACAGGCCUGAAGUCAAGUUUGUGGGUCUGUUUAUAGAAAUUAUAUCCUGUUAUAUCCAUGGAUGUAUCAUACGUGACGUCGUGAGAUCUCGUGGGUCCUCGUGACUUCAGCUGUCAGUCAUGGCCGCAGCCGUUCGGCAACAAGUCCACCCCCUGGUGGCUAUUGAAGGACGGCGGAGCACGGAGCCAACACGCAGCGGAGCCGAUCCGCAGUUGGUGGAAAUUGCGGGCUAUAUCAUUAUGCUAAAAUUGACUGCAAAUCAAACAAAUUUCCCGGGACAUCUGUCAACUUUUUAACCCCUGAUGAGUUUGCAACCCUGCAUUUAAUUGUAAAGUUUUUUUUUAAUAGUUUAUAGUUUUUUGUAAUUUAUGUAGAAUAAUAUAUAUAAUUAAAUUUUUAUUAAAUUGCUAUUGACUAUUAUACAAAGAAAAAUACAAAUUAUGACGGAGAGCGUUAAUAAUUCCCUCGAAGCACUGGCAGACACAAGUGGUUUUCUUGCUACAGGUUUAUUUGAAGCUUCUUCUCCAAAUCCACCGUGAAAACUAAACACACAGUAUAACGAGAAAAUAAAGACCACAUUAGCUUAAUAUGAACAUACACUGACAUGCACAGCAUGUAUAAUAAUGUUCAAAGUAAAAUACAGACACAAAACAACAUACCUCGUUGGCUGCAUGCUGUACACAAGAGAAUAGAGGUUUCCUUAGAUCGCUGACAUCCGCUAGAACAACCUUAAAACUUUUAUCGGAGCAUUGAAUUCUCCGUUUGUAGUUAGGUUGCCGACUCUCUCACGUCCCAAGAGGCCUUGCGCAGAGACUUCAAAAUAAAAGCACUUUACUCUUACCAAAUAAAAUCACGAAAUAAUACUAAAUGCAAUUUAUAUCAUUCUAAAUUAUGACAUUGGUUGAAAACAAAUUAUACAUUAUUAUAAUGUAAUUGCGAUAAUUACACCGUUUGUUAUUGAAAAACAGUUGUUUAAACACAGUCAUAUUUCCGAGGUGGCAAUCUGAACCACUCGCAAGUCACUGUCACCCUGCCAAACACAUUGUUGGAGGGCCCCCCUCUGUCUAUCGGCCCAGGGGCCCCAGUGCAACUGCACUGCCUGCACUGUCUGUUUUUGCCACUGAUAGGCUCAUAUAUUGUUAUUACUACAUUAUGGAAAGGACUCCAGUUCAUUAUAAUUGGUCCGAAUCAGUUGAUGAGUUUGUUAACUUGUGUUGUUGAGUGUUUUUCCCUUGGUUCGGUUUCUUUCCACAACAACUUGCAGGUACUUGGGUUGGGUCAAGUUCCAAGCAGGAGGAUUUUAUGCGAUAAGUGAAAACAAAAACAACUUUAUGGAGCAGCUGGUUUUGUUGACAUGUACAAGGCUAAUGCUGCAUUCAAGUCAAAUGGGACAAAUGGUGGAUGUUGAGAAAGAUGACGACGACGACAAAAGCAGAGUUAGUUAUGUAAACUGACAAUAUUACACCAUAAACUCAUUAAUCUCAUUUAAUCUGACAACACUGUAUUACUUAGUCAGAUAUAUCAGAACAAACACUGUUGGAUGUUGACGUUUUUUAUUAUUAUUAUAUUAUAAAUCAGGAACUGGUCAUUAAAAUAACUCCUGAAUGACAUGAAUGCAGCAUUGACAUUACUGUGAUUAGGGGACAAAAACAUAACUUGAUAUUUCUGUGUCUGUCAAAGCAACAUCUGUGAGAAAAACAACACUGAGCUGAAAAACGUGCCUUCAUGAAAACAUGUAAAAAAAAGAUUUUGUUAUAUUUGACAUCUGCUGUGUAAAUGAAGAUGAUAUUUAUCUCUGUAAUAAACACUUUGUGUUGAA